AUGCAUGCAAUGCUUGUCCAGAGAUCAGUACCAAAGGAGCUGUGGCCCUACGCCAUCAUGGCUGCAGGGCACACACUGAACUUGACACCCUCUACCGAAGCAAAUAGGAUUCCAUAUGAGGACUUCCACCGCAAGUCUGCGCAUGGCUUGGCCAAGCAGCUGCGUGUCUUUGGUUGCCUUGCUUGGGUCCACCUCCCCAAGAAGGAUCAUACAGGAAAGCAUGGCGUAAGAGCAAUCCCAGGAAUCAUGGUCAGCUACGAUGACGAGCACAAGGGCUGGAAAUUCUUCACCCCUGGCCACACCCCAUCUAUACGGUGGAGCAACUCAGCCACAUUCCAUGAAGCCAAAGGUUGGCAUGAUCGCCCCAGUGUGCAGAGCCCACUGCAGUUCGGCUUCGAGAGCCUCGAAGCAGAGGGUAAUAGACCUGAGACAGAUAGCGACAAGCCCGAAUUGGAGGUGGAAGUACUCGACACAGAGGACCCACUUCCCAAAAUACACACUGCACUGCCCGCUGACCCUAUAGAUGACAACAGGUCGGAGCUUGAUGUUGAAGAGAUAAUUGGAGAAGCACACACAGCCACCCUGAACCUCACGCCGACCUUAAAGGAAGCACUCGCCAGCGAUGAUGCACAACAAUGGCAGGAAGCCAUACGCAAGGAGUUGGACAGACUUGAGGCAAUGGGAACAUGGGAGAUUGUGGAUGUUCCACCAAACACUAGACUUGUCGACUCCAAAAUAGUCCUUCAGCUCAAAUUGGAUGCCGAUGGCAUACCUGUCCGGCACAAAGCGAGACUCGUCGCACGGGGUUUCACACAGCGGGAGGGUAUCGACUUCGAAGAGACCUUUGUGCCUGUGGCACCACUCAGUGCAAUAAGAGCCCUGUUAUCCUUGGCAGUGGAGCGCAACUGGGAAGUCCAUCAGCUUGACAUCACAAUGGCUUACCUCAACUCCACACUCAACCAUGUGAUCUACAUGAAACCACCAGAAGGUGCCAAGGUGCCAAAAGGGAAAGCCUACCGAGUCAUCAAGGGACUGUAUGGCCUUAAACAGUCGGGACGGGAAUGGAACAUGGAGUUUGAUAAGUUCCUACGAUGCUCAAACUUUCACAGGCUCGACUGCGCACCGUGCAUCUACACUAGAGGAGAAGGGGAUAACUUCGCAAUAGUGGUCAUCUAUGUUGACAACACGCUAAUUAUAGCUCCAACCCUAGAAACAGUAAGGUGUAUCAAGGAGGAAAUAGGCCAAAGAUGGCGGAUGGAGGAUGGUGGCAAUGUCUCCCACUUCCUCGGGAUCAAAAUCACCAGGGAUCGAGAAGCGAAAACCAUGGACCUCGAGCAAACUAGUUACGUUAAGCAGCUUCUGGAUGAACAUUUGGACAAGCACAGAAGGAAGUCCAGCGUACCACUCCAAGACAUCCCAGUCCCAGAAACAGCAGCAAGCAUAGCAGAACAAAAGGAGUACCCACAGAUCAUUGGCAAACUCCUGUGGUUGUCUAAUGGAACACAUCCAGACAUCAGCCAAGCCGUCGGCGUCCUUGCACACUAUAUGACACAACCGUCAAGGGAGCACUACAACGCUGCACAGAAAGUACUCCAAUAUUUGGACCACACACGAGAUAUCCGCUUGCAAUAUGGCAGCAACAAGCAACAAGACUUUCUGAUGGCGCACAGCAAUGCAAACUGGGCAAGUGACGCUACAGCACAACACAAAAGCUCAUCUGGUUCAGCAGUGUUCGUGUGUGGCAACCUGGUAGCAUGGAAAUCAGCACUACAGCGCUGCACCGCCUUAUCGGUGGUGGAAGCAGAAUUUGUAGCUGCGACAGAAGCUGCACGAGAGGUUCUGUUCUUCAAGCACCUCUUCAAGGCCGUCGGAAUUGAUGUUGGUAUCCCUACAAUCUUUUCAGACAACACUGGUACCAUCCAGGUUAGCAAGGACCCCAUGCAACACUGGAAGUUAAAGCACAUUGACACCAAAUACCACUUCAUCAGAGACAACGUGCAAGAUGGAAAGGUCAAGAUCAAGUACAUUAACACUGCAGAUAACUUGGCAGACCUCUUUACCAAACCAGUGGGAAAGACUAUACUACAGCACGUGCGACAGGGACUGGGACUAAAAGCCCAGCAUGAUGCAGUGGCUCGGCAGUCUCCUGCCUUGCCACUGAGGGAGGCAGUUGAGGGAGUUGAAGUAGACAAAGCUACACAAAGUGUAGAGACAGCGAAGGUAGUGCUUAUGGCCGAGUAA